AUGUCUCGCUGUCGUUGUGUGGAGUCCCGGAUCCGGCCUGGGACGGCGCGCCGUCGUCGUUUGGACCCAACCAUGAUCCGCCGCCGCUGUCAACCUCCAGAGCGAAGCGGGCUAGCGAAAGGCAAACCGAAAAGCAAGAUGCUGUCGCUGCUGCUGUUGCUGCUGGCUCGCUGCUGGAGAAAAGGAACAAGCUUUCGAGCUGGUUUGAUUGCCCUCGCGCCCUCGCAAGCUCCCAUCGAACCGCACCGCGACUAG